CUCAUUUUUCCAUCGGUUAAGAAAACUUCAUAACCACCCACCGUCCCGAUUCCGCAUCCUCCUCAACAUCCGACCUCCUCAAGAUGCCCUUCGUCAAGUUGGUGAAGAACUCUGCCUACUUCUCUCGGUUUCAAGUCAAGUACAGGCGGCGUCGAGAGGGUAAAACCGAUUACUAUGCCCGAAAGCGUUUGAUCACCCAGGCCAAGAACAAGUACAAUUCGCCUAAAUACCGUCUUGUUGUUCGAAUCACCAACCGGGACAUCAUCUGUCAAAUCGUUCACGCCAAACUCCAGGGUGACUUUGUACUUGCUGCUGCCUACUCUCAUGAACUUCCUCGAUACGGUAUCAAGCACGGUCUUACCAACUGGGCUGCUGCCUAUGCCACUGGUCUUCUUGUCGCACGAAGGGCAUUGACCAAACUCGGCUUGGCCGACAAGUACGCUGGUGUUGAGGAGCCAGAGGGUGAUCUUGUUCUUACUGAGGCCAACGAAGACGGUCCUCGACCUUUCAAAGCCUUCUUGGAUGUCGGUCUUCGUCGAACUUCAACUGGUGCUCGUGUCUUUGGUGCCAUGAAGGGUGCUUCCGAUGGUGGUAUCUUUGUUCCUCACUCCGAGAACCGAUUCCCUGGCUUCGAUCCUGAAGCCAAGGAGCUCGAUGCCGAUGUCUUGAAGAGUUACAUCUACAGUGGUCACGUUGCUGAGUACAUGGAAGCUCUUGAAGAGGAAGAUGACGAGCGUUUCAAAAAACAAUUUGCUUCUUACUUGGCCGAUGACAUUGGAUCUGGUGACAUUGAAGAGAUCUAUACCGAAGCCCACAAAGCGAUCCGUGCCGACCCUAGUGCACAGCCCACCGAUAAAUCCAAACUUGAGGAAUACAAGAAAGCAAGCAAGGCCAACAAAUUCACCAAGAUUGGAAAAGAACAACGUGCUGAGAAUGUUAAGGCUAAGGUGGCUGAAUACUUGAAAAACUCUUCAUGAACUUCUUUUUUUUUUCUCUCUUAGAUUGUUGAUUUAAAUCGAGAUGCAAUUAUUGUACACCCUUAUGCGAGUUUCGAAAACAAAACCUUUCUUGAUGGUUUUAUGCCCUUUUUAUGUAUUAUUUAAAACCUUUGCCAUUUCGUU